AGAUCCGCCGACCUGAUGAAUACACUUCGAAUCGUUGAUAUAAAAAGCGUUUUUCCCAAAAUCAUCUCACUUUCUCUUCUGACCCAAAACUCGUCGAAAGUAAAAGUUUAAAGUUCUAAUUACAAAAGUUUCCAAAAACUUUUCAACAGUUCUAAUUGAAAGGCCAUCACUGUGGCUACUUUUUACCUAAGUGUCCUCUGUAACUUGACCAAUAAGUUUUUCUUGUUUAAUAUUGAGUUUAAUUAAUUUAAUCAACUCUGUGGACUUUUUAAAAGGGAGCCAUUUAUAAUACGUGUAUUUAAAACUGUUUUAAAACUAAAUUUGUAUUACAAUUGACCAUUGAAACUGACCACUAAAGAGAGAGACAGACCAUUGUAUUGUUCCUUAAUCAAAUCUACCAUGAAAUCGGGUGUGGUAUUGGUGUUUACACUAUUAUGUGAAUUGGCGAUCGCUCAAGUUUAUUAUGAUCAAUCGGGUUAUGGUUAUGGUGUUAAUCCUAAGCCAUCAGGGCUCGUUGAGGUUGAGGAUAAAAAAUUAAAUCCAAUUAAUGGGAAGAGCGUUAUUGGUACAACUGAGCCAAUUGCACCACAAGAAUCGAAACCUGAAGCUUAUUUGGUUCGAUUAAAGCCGAAAGAAGCUCAAGAUUCCAGUUCGAUUCCUAAUAAGAAGUCUAAGUUUCUUCUUUUACUCAGGUUACCUGAAGACCAUGAAGAAACUCAAGCUACUUCAUUAAAUUCAGAAGUUCAACAAAGAGAUGAGCAAAUUUAUAGUCAACCUAUUGGUCAAAGUCAAGACGAUUAUUCAUCUGCUGGACCAUCUCAACAAUCAUCUUUCUCAUAUGAGAAUCAAAAAGAUGAAGCUGGUCAACUACAACAACAACAACAGCAACAACUGAACAUUGGUCAACAGCAGCAACAAGUCCAGCCUGAAGAGGCUGAAGUAGGGCAACAAAAUGAUUCUGGUUAUCAACAACCUUUACAGGCUGAUGGUUAUGGUCAAGCUCAAAAUUCAGAGCAAUUUCAACAGAAAGAUGAUGUUUACCAACAGCAAGCACAACCUUUACUACCACCUCAACAACAACAACAGCAACAACAAGAUUUACCUGAAGAAUUAGAUCAACAAGCUAAAGAUGAAGGUUAUCAACCACAACAACCACAACAGCAACAACAGCAACAGGAACUAGGAAAUGGUCCAUUGACUAUUCCAGGUCCUUCUCAGUUCCAGGCUUCCGCUUUCAAGAAUGGUUUCAGUCCCUUAUUCAAUUAUGAAAGACAACAAGGUUUACCUGUAGAGUCCGUCAAAGGAUCAAGAAAUAACUUCUUCCGAUCACCUGUUCUCCAGGAUUCUCCAAGAUCCUCAACCGAUAGCAACAGUAAUUCUCAGGUUCGAGAGGAAGUUUCUUAUGGCGGUCAACGAGAUGCAGUCAAAGGUCAAGCUGUACAACCUCAAUCUGCAUAUGCACCAAAUGUAGAUUCUGGUCGUAAAUCAGCCAAUUCAUUUGUUCCCUCAGGCGACUCAAGAGAUGCAACUAAGGGCUCUUUCCAAUCCUCAUCACCUUCAUUCUAUCCCUCAAAUGACCAAGCUCGUAAAUCUGUCCCACAAACUAGUUCUUAUCCUAGUCAACGAUCACCAAUGAAAAGUCCAUCUCAAGCUUAUGCUCAACAACAACAACAAAUUGAACAAUCAAGAAAAUCUAAUCCAAGCCCAGCACGAGACUAUUACGGUCAAUCAGCUCAACCUGAGACAAGCUCUUUUGGUGGUCAACAAGGUUUCACAUCAGGAUUCGGAUCAAAUGAGGAAUCUACUAAAUCUGGUCCAAAAGAAUCAACUAAUUACGAAGCACAACAAGAAGGUGUUAAAACUCAAUCAAGACCUUCAGCGACUCCAUCAGCUCCAAUUAAACAAUCUUCCGGAAAAACUUCACCAAAUUCUGAUGAAUAUUCAAACGGCUACAAUAGUCCAGCAUCUUUAGCUCGAGCUCCGAUUUCACCUUCAUUUUCAGCUCCUGUUUCUGGAUAUGAAACUGAACAAUCAGAGCAGCAACAGCCACAAGAACCUCAAUCUAAUCAGCAAGAGGAAUACAAUCAAUCUGAACAGAAUGAUGAUGAUACUCAGGAAAAAGAUGAACAAUCAAAUUUAUCCGCUGAUCAGCAGCAAAAUGUUGACCCUGAGAAAAAAGUUCCAGUUAUUUUGAUCUCAUUGCCUCCGGAAUCAAAUUCCUAUCAACAAAAUGAUAAUCAACAAAGAGAUGAACAAGUUGAACCACAGCAACAACAACAACAGCAACAAACUGAUUCAGAUUAUCAACAAUCAACUGGACAAUCAGCAACAAACUACGAAUCAAAUUUCAAUGGACAAGUUAAAGGUCAACAAUCACAACCUUCAUAUGAACAGAAUUCACAAUUACCUCAAACUGGAUCAAAAGAUCAACAAUCAGGAUCAUUAUCUGGAUUAAAAUCACCAGUCCAACGAUUUUCAACUAAAUCAGCAUCACCAGUAAAACCUCAACAAUUACCUGUUGAAACAUCAUCUGGUUAUCCCACCGGUGGAGCAAUCAAAGGUGGAAGACCACAACAAUUAUCACCAUCUAGUGUAAAGGGAAAUCAACAACAAUCAACUUACGAUAAUGGUUAUCCAAGUAAUUUCCAAUCGCCGGUUAAUACUAAAUCUGUCCAAUCGCCAUCCAGUUAUUCAACCAAAGGUUUCCAACAAUCACCGAUCAAAGGUGAAAGAAAUCAACCACAACAACAACAACAAUCAACUGAUGAUGAACAAAAGCAAUCACAAUCUCCAGUGAAAGGGUCAAGUCAAUCGACCCAAGAAAAUGUCAAAUCAAGUUAUUCUGCUGCUCUUCAAGCUCCUGUUAAAGCUGCUCGAGCUUUCCAACAAUCUCCUGGUUUCUCCUCAGAAUUUCAAUCAACUAAAGGAGCUUCCGAUUCGUACUCUAAUCAACAACAACAAUCAGUUGACUCUGGUUACAAUAAUUUCCAAUCGUCUCCUGUCCAGCAACAAUCUCAACCAGAACAACAACAGCCACAAACUCAAGCUGAUUUAGGCUUCAAUAAUUUACAAUCUACCAAAGGUGGACGAGGUCAAUCAAACUAUCAAUCUGUUUCUCAAGAUUCUGAUAACUCUGACUAUCAAUCACCAUCGUCGGUCAAAGGUUCUGGACCACCAACUCAACAGCAACAACAACAACCAAUCGCUUUUGGUUAUUCAUCAGCUUUUGUUGCUCCAACUGUUCAACAAACUUCAUCAGGUUAUGAAUCUAAUUCUUACCAAAGCUCAUCUGAUGGUGUCAAGGGUGGACAACGAAGUCCAGUUCAACCACCAAAACAACAACAACAACAACAGGUUGAUUCUUAUCCAUCCUCACAACCAGCAUUCGCUUCAUUUUCCGCCUCUGUCAAAGGUUCCGCUCCUCCGCAACAACAAAUGCAAAGUUCAGACGAUGGAUUCAGCUCAGGAUUCCAAGCAGCAAAUGUUCCUGUUGCUCCUGUUCAACAAGUUCAAUCUGAUCGUGGAUACAAUUCAGGUGUUAAAUCAGCACCACCAUCGCCAUCAUCAUCAUCUUCAGGAGUAAAAGGUGGUCAGCAAAGUUCUGGUUUUAGUGGUCAACAAGUGGAUGAACAGUCCACUCUUUCAAACCCUCUACCAACUAAAUCAACUCAAGUUCGAGAUCCUAAUGUUGCUUUGGUAAUUCCAACCUACAGAACUAAAUCAGGUCGAUCACAAUUAGCACAAUCAACUAAAUCAUCUAAUCGAAAAUUACCAAACUCUGAAUACUCAACCUUUUCUGCUCCCACUCAACAACAACACCAACAAGAAGUUAAAGGUCAAGUUAGGCCACAAUUAAACACAAAGAGUUUACUCUCCAAUCCAUCAACAUCCUACCUUCCAGCAUUAUCUCCCCCUGGUUCAUCUAAAUCACCAUCACCUUCAUUUCAUUCAUUUCCAAUGAAAUCUCAACAACAACAACAACAAUCACCUAAAAGUUUACCUUUAACCCAAGGUUUACCUCCUUCACCCGCUUCAAUUGCUCGAUCUCGACCAUCUCAAGGUUUUAAUUUCCCCUCUUCACCAGCACAGAAUCAACAACAAUCAUCACCCGAUUCAUAUCCAUCGUAUUCGGCCAGUUCGAAUAGUCCCAUUUUUGACGAUGAAGAAGAUCAAAUGGCAAUAACACCCGACGCUAUGGGAGCCUAUGGACUUCGAACCAAUUCACAAUACGAUUCACCAUCACCAUCAGCAACAAGUGACAUUCGAGCCGUUGAACAGCCCCAAGGAUCUGGAAGAGUAGUUUUACUUUUAUUUGACAAGUCACGAAUGAACGCACAGCGACAGCAAAUGGCCUUCAACGCACCCGAACCUCAUGGUGUCUAUAAAUCAUAAUCAUAUCCAUAAGAAUCAUCAUCAUUAUGCAAAUUCAUCCUAAUCAUUUGCAAAACUAAUCAUCAUCAUCACCGAUUUCAUUAAUUUUUAUCUCAUUUUUCUGCUAAUCAUCAUGAUCAUUCACCCAAAUCAACUCAUCUCAUUCUCAUCAUUCCAGGUCUCAUUUAAUGAACAUCAUCUAAAUUGAAUCGUUACAAUUAAUUUAAAUGCUAACGAAUUAAUUAAUUCUUUUUUCCCCUUAAUUGUGUUUUUUUUUACCAUCAAAAGUGAUCAAUUUUUUCUUUAAUUUUGUAAUAAUCUCUCAAUGGAACUUUUUUCUCAAUGUUGAUUUCAAAUGACAUUUCAAUCGUUUCCUAAGGCUAAAUAUAUUGGAAGAAAAUGUAA